AUGGCACAACCCGGAGCAAUUCCAGAGUUGCCAGAGGCGGCCUCAAAGCCCCCCGAGGGUAUCGUCCUGCCACCAAAGGAUAUCAGAGCGAUCAUCGAGAAGACAGCAGGAUAUGUGGCUCGAAAUGGCCCCGUCUUUGAAGACCGCAUUCGCGAAAAAGAACAAGCGAACUCGAAAUUUUCCUUUCUUACGCCCAAUGAUGCCUAUGCGCCCUUCUAUCAAUGGCGACUGUCAGAAAUACGAUCAGGACGAGGAACUGCGGUUUCGGCAGGAAGAGCUGGGGAUGCCACCCCGGCUCCCGAAAAACCAAAAGGCCCAGAACCAUCUCCAGAGUUCGAGUUCAGUGCUCGGAUGCCGAAUAUCAGCGCUUUGGAUCUUGAGGUAGUCAAACUGACCGCUCUACAUGUUGCGCGCAAGGGGAAGAGCUGGAUGACGGCCUUGUCGCAGCGAGAAGCACGGAAUUACCAGUUUGACUUUCUGCGGCCUCAACAUUCGCUAUAUAAUUUCUUCCAGCGGCUGGUGGACCAAUACACAACCCUUCUGCAGACAGGACCAGAAGGCCAAAAGGCGGAACAGGCCCGUAUUCAAGUGCUUCAGGCCAACAUACAAGACCGCUUCCGCACACUCAACCUCGCAAAGAAGCGCUCGGAGUACGUGAAGUGGCAAGAGACUCAGAAGCAGAAGAAGGAAGAAGCAGAAGAGGCCGAGCGAUUGGAAUAUGCCCAGAUCGACUGGCAUGACUUCGUGGUUGUUGAGACAGUACUUUUCACAGAGGCGGACGAACAGGCCGAGCUCCCUCCCCCAACCACACUCAACGAUCUUCAGAGCGCCAGUCUGGAACAGAAGGCGAUGAUGAGUCUGUCUCGACCGGAUAUGCGUAUUGAAGAAGCCAUGCCUACCGAUGACAUGAACGGUUAUGCCUACACAGGAAGCUACAGCGAAGCCUAUGCGCAUCCGCAACCGCAGCCACAAAACAAUGGAUGGGCUCCUGAAGUACCAGUGCACACGUACGCGCCAUCGCCGAUGCCGUCCCAACCUUCGCCUGCACCCGCUGCCGCUGUGCCCUCACCAAACAUCCUCCCCCCGGCUACUGUCCCAGCUCCUCGACCACCGCCAUCGACAGCGUCUCCGGUCCCGGGCCAGCCUCCCAUGCGUAUCAAGUCCGACUACGUUCCGCGGGCACAACAACGUGCGGCCCGCGCCGCAACAGCGCUGUGUCCGAACUGCGGCCAACAAAUCCCUGUUGCAGAGCUUGACGCGCAUUUGCGCAUUGAAUUGCUCGAUCCGCGCUGGAAGGAGCAGCAAUCCAAAGCUGCCUCGCGAUUCUCGACCACCAACCUGGGCGGCACCGAUGUCGCCGCGAACCUGAAGCGUCUGCGCGCCAAGACCGACGGCACUGGGUCAUCCGCCGACCCUGUGGCCGAGGCGGCAGCAAGGGUGCUGGGCGAGCAGGAAGAUGAAGAGAGGCGCAAGCGCAUGCGCAUGGACGGUGCCGGCGACCCUUCAAACCCUGCCACGUAUCCGGGCUCUGGUGCUGGUACUCCACAGCAGCCACCGCCGAAUGUGCAAGAGCAGAUUCGCCAGAUCCACAACAAGUACAAAUCGUGA